UCACGUUGCGCGCAGCGUCGUCUGCUGUAUGUAGGUAUAAAAUGGGGUAUGCGUACAAAUGUGUGUGUGUACAUACAUACAAAUGUCGCGACUGACGUGACUCUCUCGUAGCAGUUGUGUUGUCGCUAUAGAAAAAGCCCUAUAAAAAAAGAAAACUCGCCAAGAGACUCAGCGAACCGCAAACAUGUUUCAGUUCGGGUUCAACAUGUUCCCGGAGAUUCCGCGGCCCUUCAAUACCCAGUACAAAUGCUUUUCAGUAUCGAUGUUGCCUGGGACCUAUCGCCAGGACGUCGAGCGCGGUGGCAAGAUAAUCAUGCCACCGUCUGCUCUGGAACAGCUCACCAGGCUCAAUAUCAUCUACCCAAUGCUGUUCAAACUGACCAACAAGAAAACCAACAGAAUUACUCACUGUGGCGUACUGGAGUUUAUCGCCGAUGAAGGCAAAGUCUAUUUACCUUAUUGGAUGAUGCAUAAUCUUUUGCUGGAGGAAGGCGAGCUGUUGAAUGUAGAAAGCGUGUCGCUACCGGUUGCGACAUUCUCACGUUUUCAACCGCAGUCCGAGGACUUUUUGGAUAUUACAAAUCCCAAGGCCGUGUUGGAGAACGGUCUGCGCAGCUUCGCCUGCUUAACCACAGGCGACGUAAUUGCGAUCAAGUACAAUCAAAAGAUCUACGAGAUGUGCGUGCUCGAAACCAGGCCUGGCCCGGCAGUUAGCAUCAUUGAAUGCGACAUGAACGUGGAGUUUGCGCCACCGGUGGGCUAUAAGGAGCCAAUAAGGGAGGCCAAGAAGGGAGAGGAUGAAAUAGAGCACCUGGCCGAUUUGAUGCCGGCGCAGACUGGCUUUGUGCCUUUUCAGGGCGAGGGCGUCCGGCUGGACGGUAAAAAGCGCAAGGACAUGCCCAAGCAGGAAGCUGUAGCCACCAAGCCGACCUAUGUUAGGGGAAUACCCGAUUAUGAAUAUCAAAUAGGCACUCUUAGGUUCCUGCGAAACAUGAAGCCAGUCAAUAACAAGGAGAUAAAGGAUCCAGACGAAUUUAAGGCGUUUACUGGCGAAGGAUUUACUCUUUUGAGAAAAUCUAGAAAAUGAUAGAAUAACGGGCAAUUGUUUAUUAUUUUUUAUUUAUAAAUCUUUACCUGAGCGUUUGCCGGAAUGAAUGUUGUAUUGUGGAAUGAUGUUCUCUUUUGUUAUAAAAAUAUAAUUAAAUGAGUCAAAUUCAGUAAUUGAUAUUAUUUAAAUCUCAUUGCUCUAUUACAAGUUACGUGCGUCUUUAUUUUUCUUAUCACAUAUUUCUAAGCAGGAAGAAACAUUGUUCCAUUUUUCAUGUCGUGUCUUUCUAUGGAAAUAAAGGAAUUAUAGCGGCUA